GCGCGUGGGGCUCGGGCGGCGCCUUCCUCGCCCUUUCGACCAUUUUGAGCUACGCGACCGGCAACGAAGGCGCCGCCGCCUCAACCCUGCUGCCUCACAGCCCCCCGGAGGCCGUUGCCGGGCUCUCCCCGCUGGAUUCCCUUCCCCUAGCGGUGGAAGCGGGGCCGUGAGGCGGCCGGGCGCUGCCUCCCCCCCCCUCGGCACCCCCUGAGGCACCUCAGGGCGGCUCCGCCCGGCCCAGGCGCCAAUCGGCAGCGCUCAGGGCGGGCUCCUCGCUAUAAAGCGCCGCGCCGGGGGGCGCCCGCAGCCGGGCGGGCAGGGCAGCAGGCAUGGGGAACGCGGUGGCCAGGGAGGACUUCGAGUGGGUGUACACGGACCAGCCCCACGCCGACCGCCGCAAGGAGAUCCUGGCUAAGCAUCCCGAGAUAAAGGCGUUGAUGAAGCCAGACCACAACUUGAUCUGGGUGGUUGUGCUGAUGGUCCUGGCGCAGCUGACUGCCUUUUACCUCGUUAAGGACUUGGACUGGAAGUGGGUGGUCUUCUGGGCGUACGUGUUCGGGAGCUGUAUUAGCCACUCCAUGACUCUGGCGAUUCACGAGAUCUCCCACAACAGUGCCUUUGGCAAUAGCAAAGCCAUGUGGAACCGGUGGUUUGGAAUAUUUGCCAACCUCCCUCUUGGUCUCCCGUAUUCGAUAUCCUUCAAGAGAUACCACAUGGAUCACCAUCGAUACUUAGGAGGCGAUGGAAUCGACGUGGACAUCCCUACCAACUUCGAGGGCUGGUUUUUCUGUACCCGCUUCAGGAAGUUCAUAUGGAUUGUUCUUCAGCCGUUCUUCUAUGCCAUUAGACCCCUCUGCAUCAAUCCCAAACCAAUUACUCGACUUGAAAUCAUCAACUUGUUGGCUCAGCUUUCCUUUGAUGUCGUGAUAUAUUAUUUAUGGGGAGCCAAAUCCAUUUUUUACAUGCUUGCUGGUUCAGUACUUGGACUCGGUUUGCACCCGAUUUCAGGACACUUCAUAGCUGAACAUUACAUGUUUCUGAAGGGCCAUGAGACUUACUCCUAUUACGGGCCACUUAAUUUGCUCACUUUUAAUGUUGGCUAUCACAAUGAGCACCACGACUUCCCCAAUAUUCCUGGCAAGAGCCUCCCACUGGUGAAGAAGAUAGCGGCUGAAUACUAUGACAACCUGCCACAGUAUAACUCGUGGAUUAGAGUGCUUUAUGACUUUGUGAUGGAUGACACAAUCAGCCCAUAUUCACGCAUGAAGAGGCAAUUGAAGGGUGAAGUGAAACAAGAUUAAAGUUCUGGCAAACAAGAAACUUUGAAAUGUCUGCUUGCUUUAAAGUGACUGGUAUAAAGUCUCUUGCUAAAGAUGUUGACUAGUGUCCUGAAUUAAGAUCUACAGCAACAUAGCAAUGCAUUCUUAAAGAUUUUGUAGCAGACUAUUACCAGCUGUAACAUUCCUAGCAGUCCUCAGAUUCAUUGGUUAAAUGUAUGUAUGUUUGCCUAAAGAUCAGUGUUAUAUGCUUCAUGCUAAAUUACUUUGUUAAAGGAUUUACUCUGGCAGGUGUUCAGUCUGUACAAAAUAUCUGUUUCGCUCUCAAUAUUUUAAAGGUUCCCAGUGUAGCACGCUGCCCACACCGUGCUGUUUAGCUGACUGUAGUAGUAAGAUGCUGUACUUACCUGGCAAUUCUAACAUGAUUUGUUAACUUAAAUCUUCUGUUGAACUUGUUUCCUGAUUCAUGGGUAGAACUAAAUUCACACAAAUGUUAAGUCCCUUUUGUUUAAAUAUUUAAUGCCACUUGAAGUAUUACUUGGAAGUGCUACCUGUCCUACAGGAAGUACCUUAAAGGAGCAUUGUAUCACUUACAUGAAACUGGCAUGAUAUAGGUGGCUUGUGAUAUCCCUGUGAAAAGUUGGGGAAUUUGAUGGUAUCACGACCUUUGAGGGUCUCCAUCUACUCCUUCAACUGCUUGUGUUGGCAUGUAGCUUGAGCAGGCAGCAUCUGGCAUCUUGUGUAAGCUACAAGGUAACUGAGCAAGGUUUUUGCAAUAUGGAAAAAAUCUCAGUUCUGUGAUCUGAAGUUAUUCUCAUCUGUGGAGUAAAAUGACUAGGUGGGACCUAGCUGUUUCUGCUGUUACUGUGCUUUUAAAUGCUAAUAUUGACUCUUGUUUGGAAACUUGGCUUGUAUGGAAAACUGAAUCAGUUGAAGCAGAUACUGUUCUGGCAAACAAUGCUAGCUACAACCACUGGCAACUCAGCCCUUUAGGUGUAUUAGUCACUUGUGUGCACAGGAAGGUGUUGCUAAGUGUUCUUGAUUUUUAAAUCAACAGCAUCCUACGUAAAUACUGGCUUUCAUGCAUAUUAAAAUGUGGUGAGAGCAUAGGCGAUGCUAUUGAAUUUCUUUCUUAAGAAGUUCUUGAAGUGGGAACAGAGAAUGGAGACUUACUGAGCACAGGAGAAUCUCUACAUACCUCAGCGCAGUAUUUGUCUUCUAUCACGUAAUGCAUUGGUGAUAGCUUUAAGCUGUGGAAGAUGGAUACAAGUCACUAUUAAAUCUCUUAAAUGCUAUCCAUCUUCACUUUAAAAGAUGGAACCCGAUGAAGGUAAAAGUCUCAGGCUCCUGUCCAUACUGGUCUGCUGUAAGUAACUUAAUUUUUAGAUAUCGUAACUUCUGCAUUUUUAUUUUCAAAAGAAGCUGAGUACCUAAGAACACAUUUACAUCUGAACCCUCAGCUGACUGUGGUCAUGUUUUCUAAUAGAUUUUUUUUUAAGGCAGGGCCCUUAUCUGUGGUUAAGUAAUAGAAAUGGUAUGAAAGUGUGCCAACCACUUACAAAGCAACUUCAUUGUGAUGCCAAUGAUACAGUAGCUAGCCAGCAUAUUAUAGCUCAGGGUACAGUGUAAUGUCACUAUAUACUUUAUUCAGUAUUUUUACAUGUAAUUAAAAAGCAAAGAUUCAAGUAACACUGGGUGUUUUUUUAACUGGUCCCCUAAUGCUACAGGACUGAAUUUUUAGAUAAAGCAUAUUACUGAAGCAAUUGCUAGAAGGCCUGUCCUAAUGAGUGGUGGUGUGGAAUGAUCUGAAGAAUUGCUGCCUCUUCUUUCUACUCAGAAGAAAAUUGACUUUGAAGACUUGAAUAGGUUUAAAUUGCAAAGCAGUCACUUCUUAAGCCCUCAACUCAGGAACUGAAUGGUGGUACUAAAUAUCUUCAGUGUUGAUGGCUCACCAUAACAAGAAUGUAAAGUCCCUCCAAAAUGUUUUGCAGUUAAAAGAUAAUGUGGAGAAGUUAAUUCUCUUAAAUACUUAUCUCUGAAGACAGAUCAGAUAUGUACUUUCAUCCUUAGGCUUAGAUACCUACUUCAAAUUCUGAUUAUAAACACACUUUCACUUUAAAAGGUGCAGAAUAGCAGGGAAUUCUGAGAGAAAUGCCUGUGCUUGCUGUAGGCUUUCUGAAACAUCUGCUACGGGCUACCAUUUGGAGAACGUGUAUUGGACUAGUUUAAUCUGGGCCAGUAACAUGUUUGAAUCUAAACCAUCAUCUGACUUUUGCAAGCAUUGGUAACCAUCAUUUUAAGAUAACUUAACUCCCAUGCAUUGCAUAAGAGGUGUCUGCAUCUGGCUUCAUUAGCAGGGAUUUUGCCAGAAGCAAUCUGAAAGCUGGAGGAAGCUCUGACUAACUGCAAAGCAAAGACCAAACAACCUAAAGAGCACUAAAGACCUUGGCAGUCUUUUUAAAUUAUAUUCAGAUGGAACUGGUUAACUUCACCAUUUUUCAACAUGCUUGUUAGGGUUAUUCCUUCCUGUGUAAUUAAACCAUCUUCCUGGCUUGUCAGACAAAAACAUUAAGCACUUCUCACAGCUUUUAACAUUCCCCUCUCCCCCAAAUUACUUGAAGUUGCUUAAGUGCAGUAAGUAAUGCAUCCUGGAGUCUGAUACUUGGCAUGAGUUUUCCCACAGGACAGGCGUGGAUGUAUUCCCCUUUCACAACAAUCUACAACAAUCUUUGCCUUUGGCUUUCUUGUUUUGUUGUUGAACCUGUCUGUUCUAGAACAGCAGCCAAUUAUCAUGGAUUAAAUGGCUGCACCUUCCUGGCUGUGCAAUUCCACUUUCAGAUCCAAGGCGAGACUUUUUACUUAGAACCAGUGUCAGCUGAAAAGUAGCUAUGACUUUUGGUUCUGUGUCUGUAGUAAGGUUUCUGUUAAUCUUUAUAUGCAGUUAGCAAGCACAUGACACAUUUAAAAAUAAAAAUCUCCAAAUACUGGGAAAUUGAUCUUUUCUAGGUAAAUUGCAGGCUCUAUCACACUCAUCCUAUUGGAUGAAGAAGAGAAAAAUUCAUUUCAGGUAGUGAACUUGCCUGGUAAGUGGUCCAAGGCAGCUUUUAGCAAGUGUACUCCUUUGUAAAUUUAAAAGAACUAAGGCAAAGUAAGUACUUCUGUUUUUAAUACUUCUGUUUUUAACCUUGCAUGCUGCAAAGCACAGAGCCCCUUCUAGGUCUACCAGGACUUUUCCUGGGACUGUCUACAAACAAGCAAUCUGAUAAGUACAUAUGCCUAAACCUUGUAGUGGUUUGCAGAUUGCCCUUGGUAUUGCAGUCGGCAACAGAAUGCUACAUAUGCAAUGCUCUAUCAAAUCCUCUGUUUCAUAAUUGAACCUGCAAUGUAAGGAAGGACAGAAUUGUUGAAAACGUUUCCUAUUGAGCCAAAACCAAAGGCAGUGAAUUGUGUUGACAGUUCCCUGGACUGGCUCUGAUGCCAUCUAUGCUUAAGUUACCAUCUGACAUGCCCUGCUACGGAAUCAUUACUGUGACUUAGAUAUGUGACUACCUUCAGGAAAAGUGAGAGAAUGAUGAGAUACUUGGUUUCUGUUGGAACAAGAUCAAGAUGAGGACUAGAGGGACGGCUUCUUCCAGCUCCAUCUGCUAGGAAAGAAAUAGCAUUUGUAGAACAAGGUAGUGGUCUCUGUAUUGUAUGAAUGCCUGUCUUCUAUGUACAGGCACACGUGAUCUUGUGUUUUAUCACUUAUCAAGCUUUUUUCUGAUGAGUAUUGUAGCCAAAGCAGAAUUUCCUAUUAGACAAAGCACCCACAUGGGUGCAGAACUUUCUUGUGUGAACA